UGCCGCUGGAUUUUACAUUUCUGCCAGUGAAAUAAAAAUUAUAAAUAUGAUGGUAAUCGUCAUGUCUUUUUAUUAAUUCGAUCGAAAUACAGAAAAUGAAAGAGUGGCGUUCAUAGUUAACCGAGAUGGGAACUACGUAUCUAAAGUGAGUGCAUCGGUCAGGACAGUAAUCUUUGGUGCACUAAGGCUGCACUCAGGUCCGCGACGAUUGGACCGUUAACUGUUGUGUAGCAUUUCUGUGUGAAUGUGUGCUGCGCGAAAACCGAAACGCCUCAGUUGGAUUUCCUGUGUGGACCCGGACAACCUUGGGUUUGUAAGCGAGUGCACAAGGGCAGUGUAUAAAGUUGUUUGUGAGUUGUAACGGCGCUAUAAAGACAUAUCUUUAUGGCGUAAUCAAGACGAACACGAACAAAGUCCUGCAACCCGGUACACCAUGGCCAGACAGUGAAUCAUCCAGAUCAACGCUGAAAUGUCCCUGCCAAAGACGACACGUCUCCCCUCACUGAGGCUGCUGAGCUCCAUCCACCACCACCAGCAGCGGCUCCUCCCCUCCAUCACCCCUCUCACUGUGCCCAGAAGAGCUGUGAUCCAGGGUGAAUACCGACGGCCCGGCCAGCCCAAAGAAGACAAGUUUCCAUGGCAGAAGAUUAAGUUUGACUUUGUGAAGGGUUUGGAGGGAAUAAAGAAGCAUUUCACGCUGCUGAAAACGGAGUUCUCUGACCGCUGGGUCGGUCCAGAGGGCAAACCAAUUCUUGAGCACAUGCUGGAGCAGAACAGAGUGAUAUGGGAGUUCAGAGGUCCGGAGAGUCUGGAGCAGUGGACGGUGUCCUCAGAUCGUGAGAUGGGAGGCCAAAGCGAGGUUUACCUGAAGCUUGGCAAAAACAAUAAUACCUGUUUUCUCUAUGGGACUCUGAGCUCAACUCCUCCAAGGGACGGAGAAACACGCUACAGUGGCUACUGCACCAUGCGUUCAAAACAACCGCUGGCUUCGUUUGAUAGGAAGAAGCACUACGACUGGACCAGCUUCAACACGCUGCAUUUGCGUGUACGUGGUGAUGGCCGUCCAUGGAUGAUCAACAUCGCAACAGAGACAUACUUCUCUCACCAGAAAGACGACAUCUACAGUUACUUUCUGUAUACCAGAGGAGGACCCUACUGGCAAGACGUCAAGAUACCUUUCUCCAAGUUCUUCCUCACACAUCGUGGGAGGAUACAAGAUGACCAGCAUCCUCUCUGGCUGGACAAGGUUAACACCAUUGGAUUUACCCUGGGUGAUAAAGCAGACGGUCCGUUCCAGCUGGAGAUUGAUUUCAUUGGCGUCUGUAAGGAUUAUGCACACACUGAGGAGUUUGCCUACGAGGUGUACAAGAGGAAUCCUGAGGUUUGACGGCAACUAUUACAGUACUGCAGGUGAACUAUCAUUGAAUAAGAGCUGCACUCUUCUGAUAUUAUAAAUAAAGAAAUAUACCACACUCCUGCGGUGGACAACCAUUUACACCCCACCCACCACUCUUGGAAAUAAGACACUGUUUAUCUGUAUUCUAAUACAUGUACUGUGAUACCUCCCUAUCAGCUAUUUCUUACUUGCAGAGUUUAGUAAAACUCAAGAAGUGCAUUUCUGGUUACAUGUGGUAAACUCUGACUGAAUCAAACAUUUACAUUGUACGGUAAUGGGGAGGUCCUUUAUCCAAAAUUACUUAAAUUGAUUGUCAGGGCUAGGUGAAGGAGAUAAAUCAGUCUUAGCUUAGAUGACACUGUACCUUUAAAUUACAGGACAUUAACAAACGUUUGCUGCUUGCUCUCUUCAUACAAAAAAAAUCAAGUUGUUUCCAUGUCCUGUAUUUGUGACAUGUUCCAUUAAC